AUGAACAAGCGUUUGUACACUGAGGCCUGGGAUAAAGAYAAGACACAAAUCCACAUCAUGCCUGACACGCCUGAAAUCACACUGGCAAGAGAGAACAAGAGAAACUACAGUCUGAAACAAUACAGACAGGCCAUGGAGGAUGCAAAGAAGAAAGGCUAUGAUUUGAGAGCUGAUGCCAUCCCCAUCCAAGCAGCCAAAGCAUCCAGGCAAAUUGCCAGUGAUUACAAAUACAAGGAAGGUUAUCGCAAACAGCUGGGCCACCACAUCGGGGCCAGGAACAUCGAGGAUGAUCCCAAGAUGAAAAUGUACAAACUGGCCUUGGAGGAGGCRAAGAAGAAGGGCCAUGAUAUGCGUUAUGAUGCCAUUCCCAUUCAAUCUGCCAAAGCCUCCAGGGAGAUUGCCAGUGAGUACAAGUACAAGGAAGGUUAUCGCAAACAGCUGGGCCACCACAUCGGGGCCAGGAACAUCGAGGAUGAYCCCAAGAUGAUGUGGUCAAUGCAYGUGGCCAAAAUCCAGAGUGACAGAGAGUACAAGAAGGACUUUGAGAAGACCAAAACAAACUUCAGCAGCCCYGUGGACAUGCUGGGAGUGGUGUUGGCCAAGAAGUGCCARCAGCUGGUCAGUGACAUYGACUACAGGCACUACCUGCACCARUGGAUCUGYCUGCCCGACCAGAAYGAUGUGAUCCAUGCCAAGCAAGCCUAUGACCUCCAGAGUGAUGCUGUUUACAAAUCAGACCUGGAAUGGCUGAGAGGCGUUGGAUGGGUUCCUAUUGGUUCCUUGGAAGUUGARAAAGCCAAGAAAGCUGGAGAAAUCCUCAGUGACAGAAAAUAUCGCCAACCUGCAGACAAAAUCAAAUUUACCAGCGUGACYGAUUCCUUGGCCAUGGUUUUAGCCAAACAAAAUGCUGAGAUCAUGAACAAGCGUUUGUACACAGAAGCCUGGGAUGCAGACAAGAAGUCCAUCCAUGUCAUGCCUGACACUCCAGAAAUUCUGUUAGCCAAGGCCAAUUCAGCCAAUGUCAGCAAUAAACUUUAUAUACAAGCCUGGGAAGAAGCCAAAAAGAAGGGUUACGACAUGAGAGCUGACGCCAUUUCAAUCAAAACUGCAAAAGCAUCAAGAGAUAUUGCCAGUGAYUACAAGUACAAAGAGACCCACGAGAAGGAGAAAGGCCACUACAUCGGGUGCCCCAGUGCCAAGGAUGACCCCAAGCUGGCGCUGGCCGCGCGCGCCAUGGCCCUGCAGAACGACCGCCUCUACAAGAAAGCCUACAAUGACUCCAAAACCCAGAUCCACAUGCCUGUGGAUGCCCUGUCGGUGCAGGCAGCCAAGGAGUGCCAGCACCUGGUCAGUGACACUGACUACAGACAGUACCUGCACCAGUGGACCUGCCUUCCUGACCAGAACGACGUGAUCCAYGCACGGCAGGCCUACGACCURCAGAGUGAUAACGUGUACAAGGCCGACCUGGAAUGGCUGCGAGGCAUUGGCUGGCUAACAGAAGGUUCUGUGGAUGUGGUCAAAGCCAAGAAAGCCCAGGAGCUCAUCAAUGACCGCUUGUACCGCACGCGGCCGGAGCAGCUGAAGUUCACCAGCAUCACCGACUCCCCAGACGUUGUCCUGGCCAAGACCAACGCCAUGCAGCUCAGUGAUCGUCUGUAUCGUGAGGCCUGGGAUAAAGACAAGACCCAGAUUUCCCUCCCUUCRGACACUCCCGUCAUGCUGCAGUCCAAAGUCAACGCUCUCAACAUCAGCAAUAARCAUUAUCAGAAGGCCUGGGACGAGGCCAAGGCGAAGAGUUAUGACAUAAGAGCUGAUGCCAUUUCCAUCAAACAAGCCAARGCUUCCAGAGACAUUGCCAGUGAGUACAAGUACAAAGAGACCCAYGAGAAGGAGAAAGGCCACUACAUCGGGUGYCCCAGUGCCAAGGAUGACCCCAAGCUGGCGCUGGCCGCGCGCGCCAUGGCCCUGCAGAACGACCGCCUCUACAAGAAAGCCUACAAUGACUCCAAAACCCAGAUCCACAUGCCUGUGGAUGCCCUGUCGGUGCAGGCAGCCAAGGAGUGCCAGCACCUGGUCAGUGACACUGACUACAGACAGUACCUGCACCAGUGGACCUGCCUUCCUGACCAGAACGACGUGAUCCACGCACGGCAGGCCUACGACCUGCAGAGUGAUGCUGUGUAUAAGUCAGACCUAGAGUGGCUCCGUGGAAUUGGCUGGCUGCCCAACGACUCUCCAGAAAUUAAGAGGGUGAAGAAUGCCCAGGAUCUCCUGAGUGACAACGUGUAUCGGACCCCCAUUGACAGUGUGAAAUACACCAGUGUUGUGGAUUCCCCAGACGUUGUUCUGGCCAAAAYCAACGCUGAACAGAUCAGCAUUCCAAAAUACAAAGAAGCCUGGGAAAAGGACAAGACUAUGAUCCAUAUUAUGCCAGACACCCCUGARAUCAACCUAGCCAAGGCUAAUGCUGUUAAUUACAGCCAGAAACAAUAUAAAGGAGCUUGGGAUGAGUUGAAAAUGAGCUAUGAUUUGAGAGCAGAUGCAAUUCCAAUCAAGWCUGCCAAGGCUUCUAGAGAGAUUGCCAGUGAUUACAAAUACAAGCUGGAGCACGAGAAACAGAAAGGGCACUACGUGGGAGUUCCGAACGCACAGGGAGAUUCCAAAAUCCAGUUCGCCCUGGACGUAGCCAAGGUUCAGAGUGAACGGGAGUACAAGAARCACUUUGCCAAGCUGAGGACCCAGUGCCACCUGCCAGUUGACAUGGUGUCCAUUGUGUCAGCCAAGCACGGGCAGACCCUGGUGAGCGACACCGAUUACCGGCAUUACCUGCACCAGUGGAUCUGCCUCCCGGACCAGAACGAUGUCAUUCACGCCAGGCAAGCCUACGACCUGCAGAGUGAUGCUGUUUAUAAAGCUGAUUUGGAAUGGCUGAGGGGAAUUGGAUGGUUGCCAAAUGAUUCCCUUGGAGUCAAGCAUGUCAAAUAUGCUGGAGAUCUCCUGAGUGAGAGAAAGUACCGCACAAAAGCCGAAACUCUUCCUUUCACUCCCGUGGCAGACAGAGUUGAUUAUGUCACAGCAAAGAAYAGCAGUGAAAUUCUCAGUGAUGUUAAAUACCACAAGGCAUGGAAUGAGGCCAAGUCAAAUUACACUCUGACAGAUACACCACAGCUGGAYAUGGCCCGAGAGGCAGCCAGAAUUCUAAAUCAGAAUUUAUACAAGGAAAGUUGGGAGAAAGAAAAAGCCACUGGUUACCUCCUGCCCCCUGACACAGUGCAGAUCUCUCACGCCAAGCGCUCAUCUGAUGUCCAGAGUGAGCUGAAAUACAAAGCUGAGUAUGUCAAGCAGAGAGGUCACUACGUGGGAGUCGCCAAGAUGAGGGACGACCCCAAACUGGUGUGGUACGAGCACGCGGGCGAGAUCCAGAACGACAGGCUCUACAAAUCAGACUACAACAAAACCAAGUCCAAAAUCCACAUGCCUUCGGAUGCCCUGCCAGUUGUGGCAGCCAAGGAGUGCCAGAAUUUGGUCAGCAAUGUUGAGUAUCGGCAGCACCUGCACGAGUGGACCUGCCUUCCUGACCAGAACGAUGUGAUCCACGCACGGCAGGCCUACGACCUSCAGAGUGAUAAUGUUUAUAAAGCUGAUUUGGAGUGGCUUCGUGGCUGUGGUUGGAUCCCUCUCGAUUCAGUGGAACACAAGAAAGUUAAGAAUGCACAAGAACUGAUAAACAAGAGAGCAUACACCAAAGAAGCCCUGGAGAACUUUUCCAAAUACACCAGCGUGGCUGACACUCCUGACAUUGUUUUGGCAAAGAUGAACGCUGUCAAUCAGAGUGAUCUAAAAUACAAAGAAACCUUUAACCAGGAGAAAGGCCAGUACAUUGGAUCUGCUGAUACUCCUGCUCUGCACCAUGCCAAAGACAUGUCCUUGCUCCACAGUGAGAAACAUUACAAGAAGGCUUGGGAACUGAGCAAACCCAUUGGAUACACUUUGGAUGAGAAAUACAUUCCCCUUGUGGGAGCCAAACAUGCAAACCACAUCAACAGYGAGCGCAAAUAUAAGGAAAUAUAUGAGAAGCUGAAAGGCCAUUACCUGGCUGGGAAGGAUAUUGGUGAUUUCCCUGGUGUCAUUCACUCCCUGGAAUUCCAGAAAAUGAGGAGCGCGCUGGCCUACAGGAAGAAUUAUGAAGACAACAAGAAAAAUGUGCACAUUCCAACUGACAUGAUGAAYCACGUCCUAGCCAAGAAGUGCCAGUACAUCCUCAGUGAUCUGGAAUACCGGACCUACUUCCACCAGUGGAAUUGUUCACCUGAGGAAAAUGAUGUUCUUCAYGCCAGAAAAGCCCAGGAGAUUCUGAGUGAUGCUGUGUAUAAAGAUGACUUAAAUUGGCUGAAGGGACUCGGAUGUUAUGUCUGGGACACUCCUCAGAUCCUGCAGGCUAAGAAAUCCUAUGAYCUCCAGAGCCAAAUAAAAUACACCUCUGUGGGGAAGGAGAACUUCCAGAACUUCAGUGUGGUCACAGACACCCCAGUUUAUGUGACUGCUYUGCAAAGUGCAGCCAACGCCAGUGAGGUGAAAUACAAGGAAGAAUUCCAAAAAACUAAGGACAAGUACACAACCGUGACGGAAACAGUGGAUUCRGAAAGGGUUCAUAAUUUGAAACAUCUCUACAGCGAUAAUCUCUACAAGAAGGCCUGGGACAAAGUGAAGGCCACUAGCUAUGCCAUGCCCUCGGAUUCUGUAGCCUUGGCACGCGCCAAAGAACUGAAGCACAAUGCAAGCAUUGUCAAAUAUCGUGAGGAAUACGACAAGUUCAAAGCCCUUUACACCCUCCCCAAAGGUGUUGAGGAUGAUCCCAAUACAGAAAGGUGCCUCAGAGUUGGGAAGCUCAACAUUGAUCGCCUGUACAAAGAAGCCUAUGAGAAGACCAAAGCCAAGGUGCACAUUGUCCCAGACAUGGUGGACAUCAUUUCAGCCAAGGAUGCCCAGAAGAAGAUCAGCGAGGUCGAUUAUCGCACGCGGCUCCACGAGUGGAUCUGCCUGCCAGACCUGCAGGUCAACGCCCACGUGAGAACAGUCACCGACCAAAUCAGUGAUGUGAUCUACAAGGAUGAUCUGAACUGGCUGAAAGGCAUUGGCUGCUUUGUCUGGGACACUCCUGAAAUCCUCCACGCCAAGCAAGCCUAYGACCUUCGCAGCGAUAUUAAGUACAAAUCUAAGGCAGAAAAAAUGAAGAAAGACUUCACUGUGGUCACAGACACUCCUGUCUAUGUCCAGAAUGUACUCAGUGCCUUGAAUUUGAGUGAAGCUGUCUAUCGUGGUGAUUACAAACAGAAUGUCCAAGGCAAGAUGAUCCCCACAGAUAAAACAGUGGAUUUAGAGCGGGCAUAUAAUGCAAACAAAAUACAGAGUGAAAAUUUGUAUCGCUGGGCUGGUGUGAAUGCUCUGCCCACUGGGUACAGCCUUCCCACGGACACKCCGAGCUUCCAGCACGCCAAACACGUCCAGCACAUUGGCAGUGAUCUGAAAUAUAAAGAAGCCUAUGAACACAUGAAAGCCAAGGGCUACACUCUGGGGCCUAAAGAUGUUGGCUUUGAAAAUGUGAAGAAAGUCAAUCAAGUCAUUAAUGAGAGGCUGUAUCGAGCAACUUACCACAAGAACAAGGACAAGAUCCACACCACCCCCGACACGCCCGAGAUCCGCCAAGUCAGAGCCACCCAGGAGGCUGUCAGUGAUCUCAUCUACAAGUCAGAUUUCUUCAAGAUGCAGGGCCACCUGAUCUCCCUGCCCUACACCCCACAAGUGCUGCACUGUCGCUACGUUGGGGACAUCACCAGUGAUAAUAAAUACAAAGAGGAUUUGAGGUGGCUGAAAGGUUUGGGYUGUUUCCUGUAUGACACCCCUGACAUGGUCCGUGCUCGCGAGCUCCGGAAGCUCUGGUCUAAUUACAUCUACACAAGUACUGCCAAGAAGAUGUGGCCUAAAUUCCAGGUGGUGUUGGAUACCCCUGGGUACAGAGCAGUGCAGGAGCUAAAAACACAUCUGAGUGAGCUGGUCUACAGAGCUGCAGGCAACGAGCUGAAGACAAAAUACACUUCCAUCCUUGAUACACCUGACCUCAUAAGAGCCAAGACAGGACAGAAAAUACAGAGCCAGUACUUGUAUGUGGAACUUGCUACAAAAGAGAGACCCCACCACCAUGCUGAUGGUCAGACUCAAGCCUUUACACAUGCCAGGAAUGUCAAGGACAUGAUCAGUGAGAAAAAGUACAAAACCCAGUAUGAGAAGAUGAAGGAYAAAUACACCCCUGUCCCUGACACCCCUGUGUUGAUCAGAGCCAAGAGAGCCUACCUGAAUGCCAGCGAUCUACGUUACAAAGAGACCUUUGAGAACACCAAGGGCAAGUACCACACKGUGAAAGAUGCUCUGGACAUUGUCUAUCACAGGAAAGUCACUGAUGACAUCAGCAGUAUCAAAUAUAAAGAAAAUUACAUGAGCCAGCUGGGAAUCUGGAGAUCCAUCCCAGACCGUCCUGAGCACUUCCAUCACCGCCUGGUCACGGAUGCCAUCAGUGAUGUGAAAUACAAGGAAGACCUGGCAUGGCUCAAAGGUACUGGAUGUUAUGUGUGGGAUACUCCAACUUUUGUCCUGGCAGAGCAGAAUAAAGUGCUCUACAGUGGGUGCAAGUACAAGGAGAUGUUUGAGAAGACCAAAUCCCAGUUCAAAUACGUGGCUGACUCUCCCAUUAAUGAACAUUUUAAAUAUGCAACUCAGCUGAUGGAUGGGAAAAGCUAUAAAUCCGUUGCCAAGAUGCUCCUGCAGCACGGAUGCAAUGAAAUUCUGAGGCCAGACAUGCUGACAGCACUCUACAACACAUACCUGUGGAGCCAGGUUCAGUACAAGAAGGACUAUGAGAAGAAGAAGGACAAAUACACCACAGUUCUGGACACUCCGGAAUAUUUACGGACCACCAAGGUCAACAAACAGAUCAGUGACAUUAUUUACAAACUGGAAUACAACAAAGCCAAGCCCAAGGGCUACACCACCAUCCAGGACACGCCGAUGCUGCUGCACGUGCGCAAGGUCAAGGACAGGAUCAGYGAUCUGAAAUACAAAGAAAUGUAUGAGAGGAGUAAAUCUCGCUGCAACGUCGUGGCAGAUUCCGUUCACAUCAAAACUCCCAGGCACGCCUACAAACUGAACAGCAAYCUGGAUUAUAAGAAGAAAUACGAAGCAGCCAAAGCYCACUGGCACCUGAUCGCUGACAGACCUGACUUCAUCCAAGCAGCCAAGUCCUCCCUGCAGCAGAGUGAUUAUGAAUACAAACUGGACCGGGAAUUCCUCAAGGGAUGCAAACUCUCUGUCACAGAUGACAAAAACACAGUGCUGGCCCUAAACAAUGCCAUCCUGGCCAGUGAUAUCAAAUACAAAGAGAAGCACAACAAAGCCCGAGGGACCUACCAAGUUGUUCCAGACACCCCUCAGAUCCUGCUGGCUAAAAAUGUCAGCUCUCUGGUGUCCGAGAACAAAUACAAAGAGCAGAGCAAGAAGCAGCUCCCCCAUGGUUCCUUCACCACCCUGCCCGAGACAAGGGACACUGUCCACGUGAAGGAGGUGACCAAGAACGUCAGCGAGACAAACUACAAGAAGAAAUUUGUGAAGGAAAAAGGGAAAUCCAAUUAUUCUGUCAUGCUGGAGCCUCCCGAGGUGAAACAUGCCAUGGAAGUUGCUAAAAACCAGAGUACAAUUGAAUACAAAAAGGAUGCCAAGUCCAAGCUCCACUACACACCUAUAGCAGAUCGACCAGACAUUAAGAAAGCAACUCAAGCUGCCAAAUURAUCAGCAAUAUUGAGUAUAAGAAGCGUGGAGCAGCGGGCCUGGGUGUGACCAUGCUGGGACGUCCAGACAUUGAGUUGGCCAAGGAAGUGUCCAAACUCACCAGCCAGGCAGAGUACCUCAAACACCACAUGAGAGGCCAUGGAGCUGCAUCCUAUGACACCCCCUGGAUGAGAACCUUUAAGAAAGCUAAUAUGCUAAGUAGCCACGUGAAAUACAAGGAGAACUUUGCCAAAGAGAUGGGCAAGAAGCCCAAGUAUGACCUGAAGGAGGCCAAGAUCUACAAAACCCUGAAGGACGCGCACAACAUGGCCAGYGAGGUGAAGUACAARGCAGACCUGAAGAAGCUGCACAAGCCGGUGACGGACAUGAAGGAGUCGCUGCUGAUGAACCACGUGCUGAGCACGAGUCAGCUGGCCAGCGCUUACCAGUACAAGAAGCAAUAUGAGAAGAGUAAGGGUCACUACCAUGUGGUGCCAGAUAAUCUUGAACAGGUUCACCUCAGGGAGGCCUCAGAGCUCCAGAGCCACGUGAAAUACAGGGAAAAAUAUGAGAAGGAAAAAGGAAAACCCAUGCUGGACUUUGAAACUCCCACCUACCUGACUGCAAAGGAGUCUCAGCUCAUGCAGAGCGAGAAAGAAUAUAAGAAGGACUUUGAAGAGUCCAUGAAGGGCAGGAACCUCACAGGCCUGGAGGUCACACCUUCCCUCUUACAUGUCAAAUACGCCACCAAAAUAGCGAGCGAGAAAGAGUACAGGAAGGAUCUGGAGGAAGGAGUCAAAGGGAAAGGACUGACAGCCUUAGAGGAGACUCCAGACAUGCUGAGAGCCAAAAAUGCAACUCAGAUCCUGAACGAGGGGAAGGGCCUGACCGAGCUGGCGCUGGAGACUCCGGAUUUUGUGCGCGCCAAGAACGCCACCGACAUCGCCAGCCAGAUCAAAUACAAACAAUUGGCAGAAAUGGAGAAAGCCAACUACACCAGUGUGGUGGAUACCCCYGACAUUAUCCAUGCCCAGCAGGUCAAGAACCUUGCCAGCCAGAAAAAAUACAAGGAAGAUGCAGAGAAGAGCAUGCCCUACUAYGUGCCUGUGGCUGACACCCCAGAAAUGCAGCGGGUCCGGGAGAAUCAGAAGAACUUCAGCACACUCCAGUAUCAGUCAGACCUACAGAACAGCAAAGGGAAGGUCACAGUGGUCCAGGACACCCCAGAAAUUCUGAGGGUGAARGAGAACCAGAAGAAUUUCAGCUCGAUUUUGUAUAAAGAAGAUAUUGGAACUGGAACUACCAUUGAAAAGACCCCAGAGAUGCAGAGAGUUAAACGAACCCAGGAUAAUAUCAGCUCGGUGAAGUACAAGGAGAGCAUUGGGAAGGGAACCCCCAUCCCUGACCUGCCCGAGGUGAAGCGUGUCAAGGAGACCCAGAAGCACAUCAGCUCGGUUUUGUACAAGGAGGAGCUGGGCACGGGCACCCCCACGCCCGUCACCCCCGACAUGGAGCGAGCCAAACGCAACCAGGAGCAGCUCAGCUCGGUGUUGUACAAGGAGGGUUUAGGGGCCGGCACGGCCACGCCGGUGACACCGGAGAUGGAGCGGGUCCGACGGAACCAGGAGCACAUUAGCUCGGUGUUGUACAAGGAGAACGUGGGGACAGGGACCCCCACUCCUGUCACCCCCGAGAUGGAGAGGGUCAAACGCAACCAGGAGAUUUGCAGCUCGGUGUUGUAUAAGGAAAACAUAGGGAAAGCCACCCCCACCCCCGUCACCCCCGAGAUGGAGAGAGUCAAACGCAAUCAAGAGAUCAUUAGCUCGGUUUUGUACAAGGAAAAUGUGGGGAAGGUGACCCCAACCCCCAUCACCCCCGAGAUGGAGAGAGUCAAGCGCAAUCAAGAGAUCAUUAGCUCGGUGUUGUACAAAGAGAACGUGGGGCAGGCGACCCCCACGCCGAUCACCCCCGAGAUGGAGCGAGUCAAACGCAACCAGGAGCACAUCAGCUCGGUUGCGUACAGGGAAGGUUUAGGGAAAGCCACUCCCAGCCCGAUCACUCCGGAGAUGGAAAGAGUCAAACGGAACCAGGAACAAAUCAGCUCGGUGCUGUACAAGGAACACAUGGCCAAGGGAACCCCGACCCCGCUGACCCCGGAGAUGGAGAGAGCCAAACGAAAUCAGGAAAACAUCAGCUCGGUUCUUUAUUCUGACAGUUUUCGGAAGCAAGUGCAAGGAAAAGCUGCCUACGUGCUGGACACCCCGGAGAUGCGGCGUGUGAGGGAGACCCAGAAACACAUCUCCACUGUGAAGUACCACGAGGACUUUGAGAAGAGCAAAGGGAGCUUCACCCCCGUGGUCACCGACCCCAUCACGGAGCGCGUCAAGAAGAACAUGCAGGACUUCAGUGACAUCAGCUACAGGGGCAUCCAGAGGAGGGUGGUGGAGAUGGAGAGGAAACGUGUGGACCAGGACCAGGAGAACCUCACAGGGCUCCGGGUCUGGAGAACCAACCCCGGCUCCGUCUUCGACUACGACCCCGCUGAGGAUAACAUCCAGUCCCGGAGCCUGCACAUGAUCUCAGUCCAGGCCCAGCGCCGCAGCAGGGAGCACUCACGUUCUGCCAGCGCUCUGAGCAUCAGCGGCGCCGCCGACGAGAAAUCGGAGCCGUCGGAUGGCACCGACCAACGCCUGUCCUACUACAGCAACGGGGGCUUCUUCACUGCCACGGCCACAGUGGGCUACAAGCAGGUGAAGACCAUCGAGUUGCCACAGCAGCGCUCGUCCUCGGUGGCCACCCAGCAAACCACGGUGUCCUCGGUGCCAUCCCACCCCUCCACUGCUGGGAAGACCUUCCGGGCCAUGUACGACUACACAGCAGCAGAUGCAGACGAGGUGUCCUUCAAGGACGGGGACACCAUUGUCAACGUGCAGGCCAUCGACGAGGGCUGGAUGUACGGGACGGUGCAGAGGACGGGCAAGACGGGAAUGCUGCCGGCCAACUACGUGGAGGCCGUGUGAGCCCCCUCCCUGCUGCCACCCCUCAGCCUCAACACAACAACUGCAGAGCCAAAUCCACUGCAACAGCCCAGAAAUCACCAUGUUCAGGUUUGAAAAGCACAUCCUGCCUUUAUCCCCAUGCCAAAACCUCCCAAAUGCCUGGAAUUUCAUCACCUGCACGAUGGGGAAUCUCCAAUAUUCUGUUACUAAAGAUGAACACACACGUUACUUUGUUCAUUCAUUUUUCUGGGCUAUUCUAAAAUGUUUGGAUCUCUCCCCUUCCUUUUCCAUGUAAGACAUGUUUAAGCUUUGUAUUUCAAACCAAUUUUAUCUGGGGAGGGAAAAGCAACGCCCCCUCUCCUCCUGCUUGCCGAGCUCCCAUGGAUGUGUUCUCCUGCCACUGUUCUGGGGGCAAAAGCUGUGAUUUCUUGUAAAUUAGUGAUGAAUAAAGCUGAGGUU